CUGCACGACUCUGCAGUUGCUCUUGGGCAAGUGCGGGAGCUUGUGUGUAAAAAGUGUGGAGGUGAAGGAGGGGGUCCACCCAUUGGUGCAUCUCAGGCUGGAAGAAGAAAGCCCCCUUCCACCUCCUCCUCUUUUCUCUUUACUUCAUCUGUGCUUCUCCCAUCCGGAUGGAAGACCAGGCAAAAUGAGAGCCGAGGUGUGUGUCUGUAUGUGUGUGUGUGAGACUGAGCAAAAAUGGGAAAGGAGGGUGCUCAACAUGAUGACAAAAUGAGAAGUGCCAGGUGAGGAGACACAGGACUCCUCCUCUCCCUCUCUUUCUGUGACGUGUGUGUGUGUGUGUGUGUGUGUGUGUGCGUGUGUGCGUGCGUGCGUGCGUGCGUGCGUGCGUGUGUGUGUGUGUGUGUGUGUGUGUGUGUGUGUGUGUGUGUGUGUGUGUGUGUAGAUGAGAGAGAAACAGGUUGGCUGUCCCUCAGCAGACUGUGAAGCUCCACAGGUCAAGGCAGCCCUCUCCAGACUCAGGUUCUGCCCGCUGAAACUUUGAGAGAGAAGAGCACGUUUGCUGAACCAGUGCACUCAGACCUCCACGCUGAGGUCCACGGGGACCAGGGCCUCUCCAGUUACUAUGACGAAUUCCACCAACUGAGCUUCUCAGUGACCUCCUGCAUCAGGGGAGGAUGGGUGAUGGAGCAGUGAAAUUGAGUGAACUCUCUCCUCUGUAUCCCAUCCUCUCAUGGAGCGCCCCGUCACCUCAAUCCUCCCCUGGAACAACACAUCUCUCUCUACAACUGCAGCCUUGCAACAGCAAAAUAUCUCUAACAUAAGUGGGCCUAUCCAGAGCAGCCAGAGUGAGGUAGAUCUAAAUCAGACCUUAGGUCUGUGUGUUAUGCUCUUUAUGGACGUUCUGGCCGUGGUGGGGAACUUGGCUGUGAUGGUAGUCAUCACAAAAACGCCGCAGCUGCGUAAGUUUGCCUUCGUGUUCCACCUGUGUCUGGUGGACCUGCUGGCGGCGCUGCUGGUGAUGCCUCUGGGGAUGCUGUCGGACCGGAUCCUGAUGGAUGAGGCGCUGUGUCGAAGCUACCUCUGCUUGAGUGUGUGUCUGGUGAGUGCGGCCAUCCUCACCAUUUGUGCCAUCAAUGUGGAACGCUACUACUACAUAGUCCACCCCAUGAGGCACGAGGUGAAGAUGACAGUAGGGGUGGUGGUGAUGGUUCUGGUGGGAAUCUGGAUUAAAGCUGUUGUCAUGUCUGUACUGUCGCUGCUUGGAUGGCUGCUUCAGGGGACCCCAAAUCUGGAGACUCCUGAAUUCCUGAGACACUGCUCCCUUCACUGGAUGGGAGGCAGAACCACACGCCUGCUUUUCAUGGUCUUCUUCACAGUCAUCUAUUUUCUAUGCCCCAUGCUGAUCAUCCUGGUGGUCUACUGCAACAUGUUUAAGGUUGCCCGGGUAGCAGCCAUGCGGGAUGGGCCUAACCCCACCUGGAUGGACACACCACGGCAGCGCUCUGACUCCAUCAGCAGCCGCUCCACCAUUGCAGCCAGCCUCAGAGGAGCAGGCGCACGCAGUACACCUCAAAGAAUCUUCACUGGUGGAAAGGCUGCACUAAUUCUGGUGGCAGUGGGAGGUCAGUUCUUCUGCUGCUGGCUGCCAUAUUUCUCCUUUCACCUCUACUCGGCUGUAGUGGCUACCGCUCCGGCUUCCCUGGCCCAGCUGGAGAACGUGGUCACGUGGAUCGGCUACUUCUGCUUCACCUCCAACCCCUUCUUCUACGGCUGUCUGAACCGUCAGAUCCGAGAGGAGCUGACCCGCCACCUGGCCUGCCUCUUCAAGAGGGCCAGGCCCAGUGAAGGGGAGCAGCUGCCCAGCCGCGAGGCCUCAAUUGAGGAGAAUUUUUUACAGUUCCUUCAGGGUACUGGAUGCAAUCUGGAGCCCUGCAACUCUCACAGCAGAGCCAGCCCAGAGGAGUCAGAAAGCCUUCAGGAGUCAGCUGUUGAGCAGAACUCGACAGCUGACUUCCACAUCCCAGGGCAGAUCCUGGAGGAAUCCACAGAGUUCAUACAGCAGCAACAACUGAACAAUGAGUUUAUUUUAGAAAACUGCUGCAAAGCUGUGCCAAGGAUGUAGCUGCCUCGAGUGCUGUUCCUGUUGCCGUCUGAUGAUCCAAUAAACAUGUUUAGUUUUAUUCAUAUUUUCUAUAAUUUCUUGUUCAUGCUGCAAUGACCUUUAAGGAUAAGGUCGGGAAUACACUUGCUGUUAAACCUCGCGUUGGCGCAGGCAGCAGGCUGCGUCUUUGUUCACAUCCCUUGCUGCUAUGGCACUGCAUGUAGUUCUGGAGGGUUCCACUAGAGGGCGCACUAAAGAAGAUCAGACCAGACAGAGAGCUGGGUACAACCAAAAAAAAAAAAAAUACCUGGCAUCAAUAAAAGAGCUCACAAACAGGUUAAUUAUCAGAUAACGACAAAGAGAGCAGUGGUAUCAUAAAUGGUGUGAAAGACCUCUAAACCAGAGAUGGAGUCACCGGGGUGAGUGUGUCUCGCUUGUUUGCUCCUCUUCUGGAGGUCUCCACCUACUGGUUACUUGUAUAUUACAGCGUUUGGACACGUCGCAUUAUUUUCAGGGAUCGCACUCAAAUGGUGCUUCAAAUCAAAGCGUGGCGGCCAUUUUAAACACGCGUUUGCGUUGUUAAACAGCAAGUUUAUCACGGCCCUAAAAACCCAGCGAAUUGCAACAAAUGGUAUCUUCUUUGAAGAAUUAAAAGCAUGUAGAUUUUUGUUUUGUAGUUUGUAAGUUUCAUUUGUGUGUUGCCUCAUGGCUGCAUUUUAUGUUUUGGGAGCCAUGUGGCUGUUUGCUCCAUGUCACAAAAAUAUUUGAAGUGUUGGUUCAAGUGAAAAGACGAACGUCACAUAAAGAUGCUCUGAAACUGUCAGAGCGAAAGCCAGGGUGAAGACUCUUAUCCACUUGGCUCUGAAAGUGUCACGUCCAAUUCAGCUGAUUUAUCAAGUACAGAAAAACAAGUUAUCACUGGCAUGAUUUCACGUCCGGGCACAAUGUAGUUAGCUCUUCCUGCAUCAAAUACACAUUACACUCUAAAAAAUUUAACUGAAUUACUUAAAGACCACAUUUUCUGAGAAACUUUUUUAUUUGUUAUUUUUAAAAUAUGAGUUUACCACGUAGGUUAAAUGUGAAAAUAGUCUUCUACCCCGAUUUCCUGCAUUAGCCGCUGAUGGAAAAUAGACGAAUAAAUGCUCGGAUUAGAAAAAACAGUCAACUGCAUGCAGGGGUGGACUGGGACCAAAAUUCGGCCCUGGCAUUUUUACGAAUCGUCGGCCCUCCACAUUGGGAGAGCGGUGGGGGUGGGGGGUGUUCCUGCCCACGGGCUCGUCUCUAGGCCGAAUUUGAGAUCUAAUAUGGACUGGGACUGUUAAAUUUCAAGCAGGGCUGACCGCUGCGACCCUGAGCCCUGGCCUUCCAGAUCAGCUCAUUCUUCACAGGCGGAGAUCAGCGGGACAUUAGCUACAUGCUAACGCAGUAAAACAACUCCUACGUCAUUGCUCUACUGCGAUUUUCUUGCUAAAAAUGCUUGGAAAAACUCUGUUAGCUUCAGGUUACCAUGUAGCUAAUGUUCUUCAGAUCAUCAACUGUGAAGUAGUGUCGGCCCAAACAGGGCAAGCAGCCCACUUGGCUAGGUGGCCCACCGGGAAAGUGCCAGAAUGCCAGAUAGGCCAGUCUGCCCCUGAUUGCACAGUGAAAAUUAGUAUUCAUGCACUCACCCAUCUUCGCUUGCAACGGCAAAGGCUAUUAUUGGUUUAACGUCCAGUAGAGAGCAGAGCACGUCUCAGCUAGUAGAAGCUAACUGUUAGCAUUAGCAACUCCACAACGUGGCAGAACUCCAUCAGGCUAAUGCUUUUGUGGAGUUAAAACGUCAAUGUUGCACAACAAAUGGAGUCAGUGGUAGAGUUGUGUUGCAGUUAGCCAAUCAGAGGCGAAAUGUCCAAAUAUCAUGAAAUAAGACUCCAAAUCCUGCAGAUUUCUGCUCCCCUCAUCUGGCUCACUUCUAGAUCCUGAAACAAGAGCGCCAGAGCUUUUCUCCCAAAGAGAUCAACUCGCAAGGCAUCCAUGUGCACUAGAGUCUAUUGCAAAUGUAUUGAAGAAAAAAAAGAGUAAACUCUGUAUUUAAGUAAGUUAUGUCAGCUGGCUCCACUAAACCUAUUUCCUUAAAUGUACAGAGUAAUAUACUUUAUUAUGUUGUUAAAAGUAGAUGCAUAUUACCCUUGAAGUAAUAAGGUUUGAUGGAACCUGUUGACAUGACUUGGUUAAUCAAAUUCAACAGUUCAUUUUUAGAGUGUACAUCUGUUAUUUAUUUAUUUAUUUGUUUAUUUCCAACCAUCAGCUCAUCUGACUUCAACCGUUUAAAUCCUAGGAACAACACACAAUUGGCUCUGGAAAUUUAAGAACAAAGAGUUUUGAUAUUUGCUGAUUGGAUGAAAUAUUGUUUUUGCUUUUAUUACAGAUUAUUUCAGUAUUUGUUCCACCAACGCUUCAACAGCCACCAAGGAAUUCAUUCGAAGGAGAAGAUAUAAUUAAAAACAGUACCUCGCACUUUGAAAAAUGUAUUCUGUUGAACAAGAUUGUUUCACAGCUGCUGCUGGUAUUCAUAAUAAACAGGCUGACAGUGUUUUUUUAACCAUUUUCCAGAAUGUUAUUAUCAUGUUUAUCUGUUCUCAGUCUUGUGAUUAUCACCUCCUCACCAAAAUGGGAGGCUCGUGAUUUCAGCUUCUUCCACUCAAAGACAAACAUUGUGGCAGUUUUUAGUUUAACCGUCUAUUGAGGGUUUGGGUUUCAAUGAAAAUUUUUAAAAUCUGCAGCUGCAGAGUGUUAAAACGAAUGCUCAAUGUGAACGACAAGCACACAUUUGCUCAUCCACCCUGUGCUGUCUACAGUGUUUACAAGUAAACACACGAGCAGUAUGAGUGUUCUUAUGUUUGUGCAACAAACAACCAGGCUUGUUGUGGCUACACACGGCACACAGGUGUGACAGUGCUUACACAUGGAAAGCUUUGCCUUUGCCCUCUUUCGGCAACAAAUGGUCGACACUUUUCUCUGAUCUCAGGUGAAAUACAAACAGUUUGCACAAGUCACACGAGCAGUGACCAAUAUUCCAAAGGAGACGACGGCACAGUUCUCUGAGUACCAACACCUUUUUUUCUGUUUCCUUGCUGUCUGCAUCUAUUUUGGACUGCCUCGAUCAGGAUAGCCGGUAUCAUCACAAGACUCCCGACACAAGGCGUACAGGGAGAGUUGAGAGUUUGCUGGGAGUCACAACGAAAAAGGUUCCUUUGUCAGAGGAAUACAGAACAUUCUCAGUUUUCCUCCUGUGUGACCUCGCUGUAGAUUAGUGUUUUCAGGCAGUGCUGUCAUUGCAUCCACUUUUAAAAUGUUUGUUUUGUGCAAAACAGUGAACUCUGAAUGAGAUGAAAUCCCAGCCAAGGUGUUCCUCAACAUGUGUGUGUGUGUGUGUGUGUGUGUGUGUGUGUGUGUGUGUGUGUGUGUGUGUGUGUGUGUGUGUGUGUGUGUGUGUGUGUGUGUGUGUGUGUGUGUGUGCGUGUGUGUUUUCAUUUAUAUGUAGUAGCUGUACAACUAUUUUCCUGUCACAAAAUGACAUAAACUGCCUUGAUUUGUAACACCAGUGCCUGUGAACUAGAGUUUCAUCUUCAAUAGAAGCAAAACUGCCCCGACUCAUCUCAAGAAACGCUCUGGGCUCGGUGUCUGCCACCAUCUGUCGACGACAAACACAGAAGUAAUCCAUGAAGGUGGAAAAUGCUUUCAGGAAAUUAAUGUGUUGUCUUAAACUACAUUU